GAGUGGAGCAGCUCGGUCCUUCAGCGCAUGAAUCAAAAGUAAAAAAGCUCACGGACGCAGUGAGGCUGGAUGGUUGGAUGGGGAGCGUCCAGGCGCUAGGACCCGGGACACGUGAGCGUAUUUAGUUUGCCAGAGGGUGGAGACGGUGAACAAUGAGGGAGCUGACUGGUAGGACCAGCAGAGGAGAAACAUCUGAGACCAAACCCCCUACCUCCUCAAUCCCAGAGUCCCGCCGGACCGACGGACAAAACAGACUGACAAGCCGACAGUGAGAGCAAAGACGCAGAGUUUGGAGAGACUGGGGGCAUGGAGAUUGGUCCAUGCACGCUGCAGAGAGCAGAGAUCUGUUGAGCCCCCCUGUGUGGAUGUGAAUGAAUGGGUCCGUCUCGGUGUGUAUGUGGUGCUGAACUGGGUCAUGCGGACCACUGGAGGAGCGAAAGAUAAACACGCACCCUCCUCCCGCUGCUUGGCAGGUUGAGAUGGUGGGCGCUCAGAGGAGGGAUCCCAGCCUGUGUCCUCAGCUCAGCAUCCAGCAUCAGAUGAUGCUCUUGAUUUAAUCCGCCUCCGAAGAAAGUCACAAACUGAAGAGCAUCUCCAGAAACAGGACGGGAAUCGUCUCGGGGCGAGAACAGGGCAAAGCGCAACGACGGAACCUCAUCCGAGCUUUGUCACUCUUUGAAACUGCAAGGUUUUUGGUGUGUUUAAUGGAACUGUACGGUGUUCUUAGCACCUAGGCCUAUAACUGAUCGAUAACUUCCACCAAACGAGGAGAUCCAUCCAUCGUUUCCCCCGCAGACCCCAGCGGAUCAGAGCGCAUCAGCUCUGCUCGCCGAGCGGAUGCAGGACCAUGGAGGAGAGAGACAGGUCGCCAGCAGUCUGCCCCACAGCGUCAAGGCGAGCCUGUCUCUUUCUCCAUCUGGGCCCGGACGGGUGGGCAGCGGUGGGGGCUCCCCUACAUCCAAGAUGGGCUACUGCGGAGGGGUGCCUGUGGAGGACAUGCAGGCGCUGGCCAUCACCUCUCUGUCUGCAGCAGAUGUAGCCAAACAAUAUGAGCACAUACGUGAGCUUGGGAAGGGCACGUAUGGCAAGGUGGACCUGGUGGCACAUCGUACACAGGGCACCAAAAUGGCGCUGAAGUUUGUGACCAAGAACAAGACGAAGCUCAAGAGUUUCCUGCGGGAAUACAGUCUAACGGGCUCACUUAGCUGCAGCCCUUUCAUUAUCAAAGUCCUGGACGUACUUUUUGAGACAGAAGACAGCUAUGUGUUUGGACAAGAAUAUGCCCCCGCCGGGGACCUUUUCGACAUCAUCCCCCCACAGGUGGGUCUGCCAGAGGAAAUGGUCAAACGCUGCAUGCAACAACUGGGACUAGCCCUGGACUUUAUGCAUAGUAAAAACCUAGUGCAUCGGGAUGUGAAACCUGAGAAUGUGCUCCUAUUUGACCGUGAGUGCCGUCGCAUCAAGCUGGCCGACUUUGGUAUGACACGACGCGUGGGCUGCCGUGUUAAACGGGUGAGUGGCACCAUCCCCUAUACGGCACCAGAGGUUUGCCGUGCUAGCCGUGCUGAGGGUUUCCUUGUGUCCACCAGUCUGGAUGUGUGGGCAUUCGGUGUGCUGGUCUUCUGUAUGCUGACAGGCAAUUUCCCCUGGGAGGCAGCGCUGCCAGCCGAUGCUUUCUAUGAGGAGUUUCGGCGCUGGCAGAAGGCAGGGUGUCCUGUGGGAACCUACCCAUCUCAAUGGCGUCGCUUCACUGAUGACGCCUUGCGCAUGUUUCAGAGGCUUCUCGCUUCCGAGCCGGAAAAACGCUGUGGAGUCAAGGACGUCUUCUGCUUUGUCAAGUACGAGCUUGUCAGCGAGCUCAGGCGCAGAGCAUCUUGCCGAGCCAAGAGAGGUGAGAGGUCAAGCUCUGGAGUGUGUACCGGCAGUUGCACUUCCUCUUCAUCCUCCACUUCAUCACGUUCCUCCCACAGACACCCCGAGCCCUCCACCCCUCCAGGAACGUCCUGCCUGCGUCCGGCACCUCUCAAACGUAGUGUGCUCUCCGACCCUUUGUCUCCCAGAGAGGAGUCUGGACAGCACCAGUCUCCAGGCCGAGACAAGAACAAAAGCCAGAUGGUGAUGGCAACUGCCAUCGAAAUCUGUGUGUGACCAUGCUAAUGUUUGCAGUGUAGACUAGAUAGCUUUUCACAGUACUAACAAGCUGUGAAGAGGUGUUAAUGACUACCACAGAGACUCUAGUGAAAAAGGAGAGGUACUUUAACCAUGAAAGAGAAGCUCAGGAUCACAUCCCCGGCUGUGGAAAUGGACAUCAUCAAUCAGCGGUACACACUUGGACAGCUUAUCACGGGCACAUGCCGUUUAGGUUUUGAUUUGUGACCAAAGACUGCUUCCCAAGCUGAGAAGCCAUGCAGGCAGUGUUUAAGAGUCCGCUGAUGUUGCUCCUCUCAGCAGCUCAUUCUGCCAUCCAGACAUUUGUGUUUUCUGCCCAUACACUGUGGUGGUGCUAAUGAUUCGAUAAUUAGAUACUCCAUAAAAACUGAUUCUGUCUUUUCUCACUCAUCACUCUGUGUCUCCCUACUUGUUUUUAUGUUAUGCCUCUUUGAUAGUGUUUAUUUAUCUCAGAAUUAUAAGCUCCGGGGAGGCCAAAACUUCAUCUGAUCAGUUGAUGCUGUUCAUUCGAAGGCCAGUGAUCCGAGGGCAAUCUCCGCAACUGCAUUUGACCGCCAUUUCUCAGACCAUCUGCCAACUUCCAGUGCAUAAAAUUUGUCCUAGACUUUUUCAAAAGAAAGUGUUAUAAAGAAAAAAACAAGAAAUCUUAAUGUAGCAGUUUGUAUGAGAUGUCUUUUCAUGUAGGUGUCUAGACUUAGAGACAGCUUGUCAGUGAUAGGCAUCACCUCAGGACACUUCAGUGGGUCACUUCCUGUUUUAUUAUUAAUGGAAAUCUAAUGAAUAGCUGGAAGACACAUCUGCCACUUUUGAAAUUGUCUCAACGAGAUUCAUUUCCAACGUAACACAAUAGAACACAGGGAUUGUACAUUUUCUGAGUGAAAAAGGUGGUGAACAAAGAAGAGGAGAAGAAAUGUCUUUUUAUUGUUUCUUUUCUACCUGCUGUGUUUGUUUGGAUGUGUGUGUUUCAAUGCUAAAGCACAAGACUUUUGUAAAGGAGGAGAACUCUUAGUGAAAACUAUAUUGUAAAUAAUUUGAUAUUUCUAGGAGUGCAUCGUAAAAUCAGGUAGUUCAACUAUGUAGCGGUACAAAUUUUCUACGAAAGGGAAAGGGGUUUUAGGGUUUUACAGUUACUGUCGGGGCAAUGCACUGUAUGUAGCAACAAAAUAUGACAGAAUGUACAGUAUAUCACAACAAAUUAAUUAUAUAGAAAUAUGAUCUAGAGUCUGUCACAAAGUAUAACAUAGUAGCAGCUGCUGUUCUCUUUUUUCUUUUAUUGUUUUAGGUUUCAUUCAAGUUUUCUUGUCCCAGGUAUGACACACAAAUUGGUGAAUAGACAUCACUCAUUUCUGUAUUUUCCUGUCACCAUAACCUUGAGCAACAUCCAUUUCCUGUGUAAAAUCAUCAUGCUUCCUGGUUGUCUAUGAGCACAGCCCAUUCUGUCUUCAUUCAAUCCGUUAAAGCGACUGAGGGCUGGUCGACACCAAACAAAUUAAUUUCCCAGCAUCACAAAAGGUGUUCAGAUAUUUAAUUAUCAAGAUGCAACACAAGGCCGACUGCUCAGAAUAUGUUGCUUCACUCCCUAUGCUCACCUUUUAUUAAAUCUUCCUGCCUCUCUCUGGGAGUUCAUCCAACUGUAUCAGUCAAAUAGCAGAGCCCAGGUGUUUAUUGUCUGGAGGGAUGACCUCUGUGUCAGCCAUUGCUGUUCUGAGAGCUGAUGAUUGAUCCUGACUGGCGCACAGCUUCCAAAGAUAUACUGCUAAUUAUUAAAGCGUCUAAAAAGCUCAGUAUGUUCAGUGUGAAUGCUUCAAUGCGUGCUCAUUACCAUUAUUUUUCUUGCUUGAAUUGCGUUACUGUUAUGUCAGUCAGGUGUGUCUGUGUGUGUGUGUGCAUGAAUGUGUUCUUCUUUUCACUUUCCUUAUUUCCCCACUCCUCCCAUGACAGCCCAUCAGCUCUGUCGCUAUAGUGACAGUGCCAGUGCUCCUCUGGUGCGGCUUCUGUCCUCUUCUUGAAAAUCAAGUCUAAUUGAGCCCAAAUGAAACAACUGGUCACCAACCCCCCUCCCAGUCACCCACAGCUCCUCUUGACAGUUGCCUAGCUUAUUAUACUCGAUAACACAUUUCGGCAGAUACACAUUUCCCCUUUUUUUAUGAGCCUGUUCACAGACCAAAGUCUUUAUCCAGUCUCAUCAGGCAUAAUCGAAGCUGUUGAUGGUCCCUAUCAUUUCCCUUGUCUCUCUCUAUCCUCACUCUUGACUCUGCAAAGGUGACCUGAUUGAGGCUGAAGACUUGUCAAAGGGAUGUAUUGUAUGUCUCAUAGGAUCUGUCAAAAGGUAAUCCAUCAUUAGAUUGUAGUGGAAUGUGAAUUAGCUCUGCCCUAUAUCUUGCUAUUCUGCCUGUGGGAUAAUGUAGGAUCUAAAUAGUAGAAAAAGACAAGGAUUUGACUGAUGGUGUGCACAAGGUAAUAUAAAGUAACACAACUCAACAUAAUGCAAUUCAAUGUAACUUCAUGCAACAUAAUGUAACUUCAUGCAACGCUCCGUUAUAUACGGCAAAACGCAUAAUAACAUGAGCCAAUCAUAACCCAGUGCAACAUAAUGUGAACUAACGCAACAUGACAUGACUCCUUUAUAAUAGUAUAUUAUUAUUCUUUAUAAUAUUACUUUAUUUAUUGUUUAUAAUUUAUGUAUACAUGUAGCCUCCAACUUGAUGAGUAAGACAGUGUUCUGAUGUGGGCAGCUGUGGCUUUGUUAGACAUCAUUGUCAUCAGCAUCUUUACACUAUUAUCAGUCGUUUCAAUGUGCAAUGUUGUUUCUCAUGGACUGUUAUGACAGGAAUUGUCAAGUUUAAUGAUGAUGUGUCAAUUUAUAUCAAGUUUCAUUGAAGCUCUAGAGAGUAGCCUUCCGUUGAUCCAAUUUAUUCUGAUCCAAUGAUCAGACUGUUUUCUGCCAGCAAGUGUUGUUGUAGAAUCUCAUGUAAAUACUGAAUGUAUUGUGUCUUUAACAAAGCAAAACAAAAAAAAAGAAUC